AUGGAGGAGGGGAGAAUGAGAGUCGCCGUUCAGAAAACAUGGAGCAACUUCCAUCUUUUGGCGGUACUCUACCUAGUAAUAUUUUUGGUGGCUUCUUCAACAGUGAAUGCAAAGCCAGGAUUCAUAAAUUUAAACUGUGGGCUUCCCAACGAUUCCACGACCACCGAUGAAUUAGGCUAUGUCUACACUUCGGAUGACCAGUACAUCGAUUCUGGUGAAAUCAAAAGCGUUGCUAGCCAGUUCAUAAGCAAUCCAACAAUGUACCAGACGUUAAGGUCCUUCCCCAGUUACGGGAGGAACUGUUACGACUUGAAGCCAUUGAUACAGGGGAAGAGAUAUCUGUUUCGUGCUUCUUUCAUGUAUGGCAACUACGAUGGGCAGAACAUUCUGCCAAUCUUCGAUAUUUACUUGGGAGUUGAUCCCUGGUACACGGUGAAGAUAGACAAUGCAAGCCACAUUCUAUGGACUGAGAUCAUCGUCACAGCAAACACCUCUGUAAACGUAUGUCUGGUGAGAACUGGCGGUGGCAUCCCCUUCAUCUCUGUUUUGGAGGUUCGGCCUCUCCCUGAUGAAAUUUAUAAUGGAACGAGCUGGUUAAUAACGCAAAUGCGAACCAAUACGGGUUCGAUGGGGCCAUCCAGGUUCACAGAUGACGCUUUCGAUCGUAUCUGGACACCUGAAUAUAAUGGAUAUGGCACUCCCAUUCGCAACACUUCAGUCUACUUGACCGGGAGACCAGAUUUCCCGGUUCCCGCAGCUAUCUUUCAAACUGCAGAAUUCUCAUCUACUCCUAUAAGGUUCAGUUGGCCGGCAGAUGAUCAGGCAGAUGGUUUCUUCAUAUUUUUGUAUUUCUCAGGUCUGAUACAGUACGGAAACUCGGAAGCAAGUAACAUGACGGUAGAUAUUAGUGGCAAAUUGAUUUGUACGUUCAGUGUUGGAUACAUGAAGUCAAUGACACUGUAUGAUGACCAGCCCCUACGCUAUGACGCCUAUUCAGUCUCCAUAUCUGCAACAAAUGGUUCCACACGGCCUAGCAUCAAUGGGUUCGAGGUUUACAAGGCAUACAAGGCUACUGGAUAUGCAACUUAUAGUCAGGAUACUGAUGCACUAGUGGCGAUUAAAGACUCUUACCACUUGCAGAAGAAUUGGGUGGGUGAUCCCUGCCUUCCUCAGGGUUACUUCUGGGACGGACUCAAUUGCAGCUUUAGCAACCCUGCAGCGCCAAGAGUUAUUUCCUUAUUGAUAUAUAGCAGAGCUGAUAGACUAUUUGCGUAUAGGGAUCUUUCAAACAGUGGGCUAGAAGGACCCAUAACAGAUUAUUUUGCCCAACUGACUGCAAUCCAAUCACUAAAUUUAUCAGGAAAUAACUUGAAGGGUCCUAUACCAGACUCUUUAGGAAAAAUAAAAAGUUUGACUUCAUUGGACUUGACCCACAACCACUUGUCUGGACCUGUUCCAAGCAGUUUAGUGGAGAGGCAAAAGAAUGGACAGCUCGUGUUGAGGACUGACAAUCUAGACACCCCAAAACCAAACCAUAUGUUACUCAUCAUACUACUAGUGGUAGCAUCAGCUGUUAUUCUGGCAUUGGUAAUUGCCCUGUACACGUAUCUGAGAAGAAGAAAUGCAGAUGAACCAUUGGUCUUCAAAGGGGAUCAUACCUUCACUUCUACUGAGCUUGCUGAAGCUACCGAUAACUUUCAGCGAGUUAUAGGCGGAGGAGGAUCAGGAUAUGUUUACCAUGGCCUCCUUAGAGGCAGUGAAGUUGCGGUGAAGAAACUAAACAAUUUAACAAACCAAUUAGCCAAACAAUUUGCAGCAGAGAUUACAUCAUUGAUGCGAGUGCACCACAAAAACUUAGUUUCUUUCAUUGGCUACUGCAGCGACAAAAAUAACAUGAUCAUUAUUUAUGAGUACAUGGCUAAGGGAACUUUGCAAAAGUUGCUGUCAGGUUUGGAGUACUUGCAUACAGGAUGCUCACCCCCAAUUAUUCAUAGAGAUAUCAAGACAUCUAACAUCCUUUUAAAUGAAAACUUUGAAGCCAAGUUGGCAGAUUUUGGACUAUCCAAGGCUGAAAAUCAUGAUGGGUUUAACUCCAUGGUAACUGCAGUUGCUGGAACGCCUGGAUAUAUAGACCCGGAGUACUCCAUCACCUGCACGGCUACUGUGAAGAGUGACGUUUACAGUUUCGGCGUCGUUCUUUUGGAAAUAAUCUCAGGGCAAAGACCCAUAUUAUUCUCUGCCGGGAAGCCCCUUCACAUAGCUCAAUGGGCAAAAUCCCUGCUUUAUACAGGAGAUCUCUUGGGCAUUGUUGAUGGCAGAAUCGAGGGGCGUUACAGUAUCAAGUCAAUAAGGAGAGUAGCAGAUGUAGCCGUGAGAUGCACUUCAGAUAGAGGAGAAGAUAGGCCCACGAUGACAUUCAUUGUGCAAGAACUGAAAGAAGCUCUACAGAUGGAUCUCUCUGAUUCAGUAGAUGAAGGUUACACAUUUGCAUCAGGGUCAAGAACGGAGCAAUCUGAAAUUACCGAUUUGUCAUUUAUAGAUGCACCAACGGCUCCACCAGCCCGCUAG